AUGUCCGCGCAAAGCCUGCUCCACAGUGUCUUCUCCUGCUCCUCGCCGGCCUCGGGCGGCUCGGCCUCAGCCCAGGGCUUCUCCAAGAGGAAGCUGCGCCAGACCCGCAGCCUGGACCCAGCCCUGAUCGGCGGCAGCCGGGGCGAGGUGGGCGUGGAGGGCGGCUCGCCGGGGGCCGCCGGGAGCCGCCUCUGCUCCCCAUUGCCUCCGGCCGAAGGCCUCGGGCCCCGCUCGGCGUCCUCUUCCCGGGGCCCGCACUCCCGGGCCAACCGACUUCCACCCCCUAGACCCCUGUGCUCGUCCUACUCCACUCCAAGCACCCCACAGGAGAAGUCGCCCUCUGGCAGCUUCCACUUUGACUAUGAGGUCCCCCCGGGUCGCAGCAGCCUCAAGAAGAGCAUGGCUUGGGACCUGCCUUCGGUCCUGGCGGGGCCGGGCAGUGGCCGCAGCGCCAUCCUCUGCUCCUCCGGGGGAGGCUCCAACAGCAUCUUCGCUUCUCCCAGGAGGUGGCUCCAGCAGAGAAAGUUCCAGUCCCCACCCAACAGCCACGGCCACCCCUACGUCGUGUGGAAGUCCGAGGGUGACUUCACCUGGAACAGCAUGUCGGGCCGCAGCGUGCGUCUGAGGUCGGUCCCCAUCCAGAGUCUCUCAGAGCUGGAGCGGGCCCGGCUGCAGGAAGUGGCUUUUUAUCAGUUGCAGCAGGACUGCGACCUGAGCUGCCAGAUCACUAUUCCCAAAGAUGGACAAAAGAGGAAGAAAUCUUUGAGAAAGAAACUGGAUUCACUAGGGAAGGAGAAAAACAAAGACAAAGAAUUCAUCCCACAGGCAUUUGGAAUGCCCUUAUCCCAAGUCAUUGCAAAUGACCGGGCCUAUAAACUCAAGCAAGACUCACAGAGGGACGAGCAAAAGGAUGCAUCUGAUUUUGUUGCUUCCCUCCUCCCAUUUGGAAAUAAAAGACAAAACAAAGAACUGUCAAGCAGUAACUCAUCUCUCAGCUCCACCUCGGAAACACCAAAUGAAUCUACAUCCCCGAACACCCCAGAACCGGCGCCUCGGGCCAGGAGGAGGGGUGCGAUGUCAGUGGACUCUAUCACAGAUCUGGACGACAAUCAGUCUCGACUGCUAGAAGCUUUACAACUCUCCUUGCCUGCCGAGGCUCAAAAUAAGAAAGAAAAAGCCCGAGAUAAGAAGCUCAGUCUGAAUCCUAUUUACAGACAGGUUCCCAGGCUGGUGGACAGCUGCUGCCAACAUCUAGAAAAACACGGCCUCCAGACAGUGGGGAUAUUCCGAGUCGGAAGCUCCAAAAAGAGAGUGAGACAAUUACGCGAGGAAUUUGACCGUGGGGUUGAUGUCUCCCUGGAGGAAGAGCACAGUGUUCAUGACGUGGCUGCCUUGCUGAAGGAGUUCCUGAGGGACAUGCCGGACCCCCUUCUCACCAGGGAGCUGUACACAGCUUUCAUCAAUACUCUCUUGUUGGAGCCGGAAGAACAGCUGGGCACCUUGCAGCUCCUCAUUUACCUUCUACCUCCCUGCAACUGCGACACACUCCACCGCCUCCUGCAGUUCCUCUCCAUUGUGGCCCGGCACGCCAAUGACAACAUCAGCAAAGAUGGACAAGAGGUCACUGGGAACAAAAUGACAUCUCUAAACUUGGCCACCAUUUUUGGACCCAACCUGCUGCACAAGCAGAAGUCAUCAGACAAAGAAUUCUCGGUCCAGAGUUCUGCCCGGGCUGAGGAGAGUACGGCCAUCAUUGCUGUGGUUCAGAAAAUGAUUGAAAAUUAUGAAGCCCUGUUCAUGGUUCCCCCGGAUCUCCAGAACGAAGUGCUGAUCAGCCUGCUGGAGACCGAUCCCGACGUGGUGGACUACCUACUCAGAAGAAAGGCUUCCCAAUCCUCAAGCCCUGACAUGCUGCAGUCGGAAGUUUCCUUUUCCGUGGGAGGAAGGCACUCAUCCACAGACUCCAACAAGGCCUCCAGCGGAGACCUCUCCCCUUACGACAACAACUCCCCAGUGCUGUCCGAGCGCUCCCUGCUGGCUAUGCAAGAGAACACGGCCCCGGAGGGCUCGGAGAAGCUUUACAAAGGACCGGAGCAGUAUACGCUGGUGGGCCGCUUGCCGUCGUUGAAGUCACGGGAGAGUUCUCCCGGACCGAGGCUUGGCAAAGAUAUGUCAGAGGAACCUUUCAAUAUCUGGGGCACUUGGCAUUCAACAUUAAAAAGUGGAUCCAAAGACCCAGGAAUGACAGGUUCCUAUGGAGACAUUUUUGAAAGCAGCUCCCUACGGCCGGGGCCAUGCUCCCUUUCUCAAGGGAACCUGUCCCUAAAUUGGCCUCGGUGGCAGGGGAGCCCCGCAGAACUGGACAGCGGUACGCAGGUCAUUCGGAGGACUCAGACCGCGGCCACCGUCGCGGAGUGCCGAGCCCACCCUCCUGUGUCCCGCGUCUGCAGCACGCCCCACAUCCAGGGCAGCAGCAGGAGGUCAGAGGCGGCCACGCCAGGGUCGGAGCAGUAUUUGACUCUGAGCAGCGCCGAAGACCUCACUGAGAGCGAGCUGGAUGUGGCCCGGCUGCAGAGCCGAGCCAAGCCUUCGCACCAGAGACCUCGCGAGAGUGUGAGGCAUGACAACAGGCCUCCUCCUCCUUAUCCGGGUCCGGAAAAGCAAGCUUUAGCGUCGGCCCACCAGCCAGCGGAGCCCCCGUUGUGGAGGCGUCAGCGGCCAGAAGAAAGCUCAGGAUCAGCUCCGGAAGAGGGAAGCCAAACAGCCGAGCGGGAGCACCAGGCUGCCCAGCCCAAACUGAGCAGCGCCUGCUCCAGCCCCGCCGGCGAUCAGAACAGUAAGGCCUCGGGUGAGCCCAACUGGCUCGAUUGGCAGAGAGAGCGGUGGCAAAUCUGGGAGCUCUUGUCCACCGACAACCCCGAUGCCCUCCCGGAAACACUGGUAUGAGCCCACACCCAGCUUGAGCCCUCACCUCCCAACAGCCUUCCUCCACUCGGUAGGGAAAACAGUUGGUGUUGGACAAUUGGACACUUACUUACUUUUCUUCUUCUACACUUAAAAAAAAUAACACGAGAGAAACCCAGUUCACUUAAAGAUAUAGAGCACUAGUACCCUCACCAGUUAGAAUAAGAUUCUAUUGCAUAGCCAGCCUUAGGGAAAUACAAAAACAUAAACUGAUGGCAGUCUCCAUUAUAAAAAACUACUCACAUUGGCUUUAAGAUCAAACUCGCGCUUUGGUAGAGCUUAAUUGUAUUUAUGUGUCUUCAGUUUUGACUCUUGUAUAUUCUGUAACAGAUUAUGUAUGAUAAUCGUAUAUAAUAUAGUCACAGAAAACAAAAGGAACCAUUUUUUAAUCACUUCACGUAUGCUAAGCAAGGAGAGUCUAUAGAAUGUUCUAUAUUAUGCACAAGCGGGUUUCUGUGCUUUUGUCAUAGCUUUUUAAGAGGGACAGCCCUUCCUUCAAUGCCUAAGAAAAACACUAACGAAACAAAAUAAGACAGAAUAUGAGAAGCCAUAUUUUUAUAUAGUGGAGAGAUACAAAAAAUAUAGUCACUGAUUGCCUUUUCAUAUUGAAUAUGUUUUAAAGAAAAUAUUAAGUUUGAUAUGUUAUGGAGUAUAUUUUUAGAAUCUGUUUAGAAAGGAUUCAGUUAAUCAAACAGGAGAAAGGCCGUGCCUGACAAAGAAAGUAAUUAAGUUGUCCUUCCCAUUGUAGGUCAAAUUCAAUUUUAUAUAGACCAUAUAUAAUAUAUAUUUAUAAUGUGUAAUUUUUAUGUAUUUUACAAACCCACAAACUGGAAUCCUACUAUCAAGUGAUUAAGAAUCUAAAUAGAGUAUUCAAAUUCAAGAACAUGGUUUUUCCUUCUGCCCCAUAAUCAGUAUUAACCAAAUUAUAUGCAAUGCUUUGAAAGUAAAUCAUAUUUGGAGAAGAACUACAGCUUUGUAUUUACAUUGUACCAAAGGCUGAGGAAAUGUUCUCUUCAGUAAUUUUGUGUGUAGUGUAAAAUGCUCCUACCGUACUUCAGUAGUUACGUUUGAAGUUUUUCAAGUGCAAAACUAUUUUUGA